UAAGAUAACUUCCUUGAAAAAUACUGUAAACAUAGCAACGAAAAAUUUUUGGUUGCGACACAUCCUGAACAGUGGCCUAGCUGCUUGAUGUUUUGAAAAUACUUUGGCAGUCCACAUUUUUGGCGUAAGCGCAAAGCGUCAGGAGACCAGGAGCAAAGCGUAAGAAAAAAGCGCAGCGUGCCACACGUUUGCUUGGUUGAGUGCUCGCGAUUAGUGAAUGCUCAGGCGCGUGUGAAAGCGGGAUAUCGACUCAGAAACAGGCUCUUUCUCAUGCUUUUGAAUUGACCACCUUCUCUUCUGGUGACAAUACCUCAACAAGAAAUUAUCCUUAUUAAGAUAUGGUGAAGCAGACCAAGGCCAAAACCUUCCAGGCCUAUCUGGACUCCUGUCACCGGCGUUACAGCUGCGUCCACUGCCGUGCACACCUGGCCAAUCAUGAUGACCUCAUUUCUAAGUCCUUUCAAGGCAGUCAAGGACGCGCAUACCUGUUCAAUUCUGUGGUGAAUGUAGGUUGUGGUCCAGCAGAAGAAAGGCUGCUACUGACCGGUCUUCAUGCGGUGGCUGAUAUUUACUGUGAGAAUUGCCACACCACGCUGGGCUGGAAAUAUGAGCAGGCAUUUGAGUUAAGUCAGAAGUACAAGGAGGGGAAGUUUAUCAUUGAAUUAUCUCAUAUGAUUAAGGAUAAUGGCUGGGACUAAAGGCUUGAGUCUUUGCUAUAACUUGCUGUCACCGCUUGCAGCUUCUCCAAGAACAGCAUGAGAUACGCUUCCUUUUAUAUAUAUCCAUUUAUGAUCUUCACUACUAUUGUGAGCACCUUUUUUUCCACACUGAUAUCCCAAUGCACCUGUUUUUCAGAGGAGGUGGGUUGUCUUACCUGUGCAUUUGUGUGUGGGUGUAUGUGUUUGGGGGUGUGUAAGGGAUGCUGUGGCGUUCUUGAGAAACUGUGCCUGUAUUCUUAUCAACCACUUCAACGCUUUUUCAAAGAAUUCUUUAAUUUUGUUGGGAUUUUGAAUUAAGCCCUCAAAUUCUCCUGAUUAAGUGCAAUUUACAUUUUUUUUUUUUUUGACAAUUUGAUCGUAACUUUAAGAUCCAAUGCCUUUUUAUUCAGUUCAUUUUUACUUUAAAUAAUGAGGUCUUUGUGAAAGAGGUAGUGCGAGUACAAAAUUAGAGUGACAUUUUACUGUUUGUAAAUGUUUGUUUUAUUGUGUGCGAGAACUUUGCUUAAAGAGGGUUAUGUGCAAUAUGUGUGUGUGUGUGUGUGUGUGUGUGUGUGUGUGUAUGUGAGAGAGAGAGCGAGAGAGUUUGCAUAGAAAGGAUAAAUAUUCAUACCUCCAAAUUCAGUAAUUUUUGGUUAAAUAAAUCUUUUAAUUUAAUGGGUCACUGAGGAAUCCCAACAAAUGAAUUUCUGCUCAUAAGUGUGUGCAUGAACUAAAAGCAAAACUGCUGGUUUAUUGGAUUUAGAGGGAGAUUGUCCACAGUUGAGUGACUUUAAGACACUUCAAUUACAGCUUAUAAACUCAGUUGAGACAUGAGUUGGGAUACUUGUUUUUGUUUGUCUUGCUUCUUGCUUUUUGUCUAUGAGAAGUGUUGUAAAUGAUCUAACAUUGAGCAGCAUGUGUAGAGAUAUAUCUGAUCGUGUUAGAGCAGACAUGCCAUGUAAAAUGUGUUCGAUUAUGUAGCAGAGUUUUUCUUUGAAUGCUAAACUAUUAAAGUGUAUUACAUUAGCCUGAAUUCUUUACAUUAAAGUAUGGGGUAAAUGAAAAUAA